CCCAGACCCUUUGUGGAACCCUAGAGGAGUCACUUAACCCUUUGUUUGUCCAUCUAUACAAUGGGGAGAGUGUUUCUUUCUAGGCAUCAAGUCGGGGCUGUGUAUUAUAUUCAGCUGGUGCUUCUGCUAAACUGAGUGCCACAGGGAUGCCUGCAUUUUCCUAUAAGUAAUAUCAACCAAGGGCUAGAUAGUCUGUUGAGUGGGAUCCAUAUCACCUGCAAGUUAAAACGUACUUGAAGCACUUUGUGAGAAUUUUCUACAUACAGAACAAAGGGGAAACGCACUCUACAGACCUGGACUCUGUCUCUGAAGAAUACAAAAUCCAGACAGAAUUUAAAUGGUAAAUCGUAAGGGGAACAAAAUCACCAGAAGAAACUUUUACAAGAGGCACUACUAUUGAUACCCACUUUCUCCUGUGAAUCCAGAACCUGGACAGAACAGGCCAGUUUAAAAUUAUGUUUCAUGCUUUCAGAGAUAACCUUUGUGACAGCAUGGCCGACCAGCAUAAGGACUUCAAUAUGACAGAUGACCAUUUGGUGAGCCAAGCUAGGUGGAACCAGACAGGCUCUCCCCUCCAUAUACCAUUUGAUGAUGGAGCUGAUGAACCAGGGUCUGAAGCAUCUGAUACUAAAAGUACUCCAACUGUGGAAGAGGCCACUGCUCCAUUAGUGGAGGACAGAGCACACGAGGAUCGGUCUGCAGCUCGGCAGCAUGCUGAGAUACUUGAGGGAACCACAGCUGAGGAAGCAGGCAUUGCUAACCAUGAGGACCAUGCUGCAGGGGAUGCUCAAGCUGAUGGCUCCUUCUACUUCAGAAGUGUUUUGAAAGAAGAUGUCUUUGAGCAGGGCAAGGAUGAAGACAGGGACAUUGAUGAAACAGGCCCGCAGAAUACUCUGGAUGAGAGAGAGUCAGUCUUACCAGAAGAAGGGUGUACCAUGGUUUCAGAAAUGGACCCCACUGAGGACUUUUACCGGGUUGAAGUUGAAGCUAAUGUCCAGAAGGAGAGCAAAUGCUUGGAACAUGUACUAGAAGUAGGGAAGCUUCCAGAGGAGCACAUUUCCUUGGAAGGGGAGACAGUGGAUACUGUGCAGAUCCCAGAAUUGCAAAAGGCUCCAGGAAAGAAAGCGGUCAGUAGUAUAUCAGAGAAACAGAGCAGUCGGUUGCCGCUUCUGAAAGCUCGCAUGGAUAACAAAAAUGGGACUGGAACUGAAGACCUGAAACCAAAGACAUCCAUACCUUCCUGUAUCAAAACCCCAAAAGGCAAAACCUCCAUUACCCCUAAAAGAAACUCCUCUGUUAGUUCUAUCCCUUUGAAAAAAACUUCAAGCCCCACUGUGUCCUCAGUACCAGCUUCCACCCCCAAACACAUCUCAUCUAUUGCAUCCAGACUAAGCAGUUCAGGAACAAAAGACAAAAAGGGCAAGGGUCCCGACAUGAAAAGUGCAACAAAGAUAGCUGCUCCACGCCCUCCUGUGGCACAAAACCAGAAGAGCCCAGCUGGUGCAUCUCGGAUCCCUGCCAAAACUCCUACCAUUCCCAAGACGCCACCUAGCCUUGCUGCAAAGAAGGAGCAGAGGAGGCCCCCUAGCACAGCAGCAAAAUCUGAGAAAGGUGAACCAGUAAAGUCUGGAGAUAGGAGUGGCUAUAGCAGCCCUGGAUCUCCUGGAACCCCUGGCAGCCGGUCCCGCACUCCAUCCCUUCCAACCCCACCAAACAGGGAGCCCAAGAAGGUGGCAGUGGUUCGCACUCCACCAAAAUCUCCUUCUUCUGCCAAGAGUCGCUUGCAGACAGCUCCUGUCCCAAUGCCAGAUCUGAAGAAUAUCAAGUCUAAGAUUGGUUCCACUGAGAACUUGAAGCAUCAGCCAGGGGGUGGAAAGGUGCAGGUGAUUAAUAAGAAGCUGGACUUUAGCCAUAUCCAAUCCAGGUGUGGCUCAAAGGAUAAUAUCAAACACAACCCAGGAGGAGGCAGUGUACAAAUUGUUUACAAGCCUGUGGAUCUCAGCCACGUAACAUCCAAGUGUGGUUCCUUGGACAAUAUUCAUCAUAAACCAGGUGGUGGGCUGGUGGAGGUGAAAUCUGAGAAACUGGAUUUCAAAGAUAAAGUGCAAUCGAAAAUUGGGUCAUUAGAUAACAUCACCCAUACCCCUGGAGGAGGAAAUAAAAAGAUUGAGAGCCACAAGCUGACCUUUCGUGAGAACGCCAAAGCCAAGACUGACCAUGGAGCUGAAAUUGUCUACAAAUCACCCACUGUUUCCGGUGAUGCCUCCCCACGGCGCCUUAGCAACGUCUCCUCCACUGGAAGCAUCAACAUGGUGGACUCCCCACAGCUGGCCACAUUGGCCGACGAAGUGUCUGCUUCCCUGGCCAAGCAGGGCUUGUGAUUGUGUUUAAGUGGGUGGAGAGAAUAAGAAGAAAAGAAUCCACUCCAGCCUUUCUUUCUGUUCCUUUCUACAUCUGCAUCCUCCACCAUUCCUUUUUUCUUUCUUUCUUUCUUAAAUUAAUGGGCUAACUCUUUUAACCUGCUCCCUCCCUCCCCCAUUUACUCAUUCAUCUCUGGCCUCAGGAUUUCAAAAUUCAUAACAAAUGGGAACGUUUCCCACCAUUUCGGAAGGUCUUAUUCUAGAGAAACACAUCCUUUCCCUCCUCACCCCUAAACAAAAGGAAAUGUAAUUGGUUGCUAGGCGAAUGUAUACUGCUUUAGAUAUCGAUCUUGAGAAAGGAGAGUGGUGUCUGCUGCUGUGCAUGUGUAGUAGUGAGCCAAAUGAAUCCCCUUAAAAUAUAGAACAGAGCCUCCCGUAUAGUGAUUGCUUAGCCACCUUCUUGAAGAAGCCCUGAUGCUUUCAGGCAAUAUUAGAUGUGUGCAUGGCAGCAGCACGCAUGCAGCUUUCAGUGUGAAAAACCAGCCCCUGCUGGAUGGCC